AACUCAUGAACGGUAGGUGGAUAGGCAGGCGGCUAAAAACAACGGAAGUAACCAAUUCUUUUUGCAAUACAGUACCUUCAUCAUAUUUCGAAACAUCAUUUUGAAAUCAGUCUAUUGUGCGUUUGGUAUCAGCAGCAUGCAGAAUGGGGUACCAGGAAGAAAUGAAGCGCCGAUGGUGGUGGGUUAUGACGGCAAUGACUGUACUGAUAAUGUAUAGUGUCUUCGGGGUGAUGAACUCUUAUGGACUGUUUUUUGGAGAACUUCAAAAAGAAUUCAAUACAACAACAGUCGCCACAGGGCUGGCAUCCAUGAAUUGCAAGUUACAGCACAUCGUUUUUGAAAGAGACUUUUAAACCAUUGGUCCCGUCAUAAAUCUACGCAUGCCUACAGGUUGGGUACAAUCUAUAGCAUUAUGCUUUUCCCAGGUCAUUUCGAUUCCUGCUCAACUUCUCAUACCUCGUGCUGGAUUUUUCAAGGUUAUCGUAUCUGGGACAUUUAUGUGUGCUACUGGCUUACUUAUGUCUUCGUUCGUACCAUCCUUUACCUACUUCUACCUCACGUACGGCUUUUGCUUUGGCAUAGCAGCCGGAAUGGCAACUAAGCCGACAACGCAUCUUGUUUUAGAAUGGGUGCCGAUUCAGUAUCGAAUGAGAGGAACGGCCAUAUGCACAUGUGGCGGAAGUUUCGAUUGUACCAAUAGAUUCUAUGACCAAGAAAACAUAGGGAUUGCAACUGAAACCACCACAGUAAGGUAUUGACGCCUUUUUGGAGGCCAUCUU